UGUGUGUGUAUGAGCGAAGUUACCGUUACCAUUUUACUAUGUGUGUGUGUCUUAUAUUACAGCAAUGCUGCACACCAGUGGCCAGAGAGAGGGGAGAAGGGAGGAAAAGCCUGUUUACACAGACUGCAAACCGCCUGGGGAAUAAUGCAGGAAAGGAAGUGAGCCGGCUCUCUGUCUGACUGCUCCAACUUCCUGCUCUCUCUCUCUUUCGCGCACACACACACACCAACCAAGGGGAAAAAAAGAGAGAGACAGUAAGAAACAAGGGGGAGAAAAAUCAGGAUCUCGUUACAAGAGCAACACAGCGUUGUAGAAGACUGUCAGCAUGGAAAAGCGGGGGAUUUUAUACAGUUCCCUCUAAAACGGCGCGGAGAGAUUGGAAAAGCCCACCAGGCUCUGGGCAUGGAGAGUGCAAUCACGCUGUGGCAGUUCCUAUUGCAGUUGCUUCUUGAUCAGAAACACGAGCAUCUCAUUUGCUGGACAUCCAACGAUGGUGAAUUCAAGUUACUUAAGGCAGAAGAAGUGGCUAAGUUGUGGGGACUACGGAAAAACAAGACUAACAUGAAUUAUGACAAACUGAGCAGAGCGCUGAGAUACUACUAUGACAAGAACAUCAUCAAGAAGGUUAUUGGGCAGAAGUUUGUGUACAAGUUUGUAUCGUUCCCUGAGAUUUUAAAGAUGGAUCCUCAUGCUGUAGAAAUCAGCAGAGAGAGCCUUUUGCUGCAGGACAGCGACUGCAAGAUACCUCUGGAAAGCAGAGAACACCACAAACAUAGCUUGGCCCUGAAAAGCACGAGCCGCAAUGAAUAUAUCCAUUCAGGGCUGUACUCCUCUUUCACCAUCAACUCUCUGCAAAACCAGUCAGAUUCUCUCAAGCCAAUCAAAACAGAAAAGCUGGAGGAGAAAUUGGAAGGGAGCACUCCUCUGGAAGAAGUCCGAACUGUUAUAAGAUUUGUGACAAACAAAACAGACAAGCAAGUGAUGAGGCCCAUAGUCUCAUUGCCAUCAACAUCUGAAGCAGCUGCUGCUUCUGCUUUUUUAGCAUCUUCCGUCUCUGCAAAAAUAUCAUCUUUAAUGCUUCCCAAUGCAGCCAGUGUUUCUUCAGCUUCACCAUCUUCCUCCCGGUCACCAUCUCUGUCGCCUCACUCACCCCUUCCCUUGGAACACAGAAGCCUCUUUUUGGAGUCCAGUUGCCAGGACUCUGAUUCUUUAGAGCCACUGAACCUCUCUUCAGGAUCCAAGACAAAAUCUCCUUCUCUUCCCCCAAAGGCUAAGAAACCCAAAGGUCUGGAGAUUUCAACACCACCCAUGGUUCUUUCCAGCACUGAUCUUGGCUCCAUUGCCCUCAAUAGCCCCGCACUUCCUUCAGGAUCUUUGACUCCAGCAUUCUUUACUGCCCAGACCCCCAAUGGAUUGUUGCUCACCCCAAGUCCGCUGUUAUCCAGCAUUCACUUCUGGAGCAGCCUCAGUCCUGUUGCUCCUUUGAGUCCUGCCAGGCUGCAAGGACCAAAUACCUUGUUUCAGUUUCCAACUCUGCUAAAUGGUCACAUCCCAGUGCCAAUUCCCAGCUUGGAUGGGGCCUCUUCACCAGUGCUUCUUUCUCCAAAUGCUCACAAAUCCUGAUGUCUCAGCAAUCCAAGGACUCUCUAACAAACUGGAUUUAACACAGCCAUUCUGAUGAGUUUUAUUUUUUCUGGUGACAGAGGACACAAGGAAAGCCCUCUUUUACUAUGGUUUGCACUUUUCAUUACAUGGAUGAUCUACUUUUGUGUUUAUUUAGCAUUUUUUAAACAGUGUUUUUUGUAUAAGAAUCUGUUGUGCAUUAAAAUGAGUUAUAAUUUUUAUAUCCUAGCUCUAAGUGUUGAACACUGUUUGUUAAUGAAGUACUUUCUUAAUAGAGCAAAAACAGUAUCUAAAGGAUGUGAAACUUUUUAAUCUUGUAUUUCUGCAUAUUAUGCGUUGUGCUUUUGUAACUAUAACCGGCUGUGCCUUCUUUUGCAUAAUGUUAUACAAAUGAUUGUUAUAUUUUCCAGUAUUAAGAUAAAGGUUGAAAAAGGAACCAAGUAUUGGAUAGCCUCCCUCCCCUGCUAGUACUUCAGUAUUUUCCCUGCAGUAUUUGCCCUGUAUGGUGCAGUGUAUCCAUGUAACUUUGAAUUAAGUGCUUUCCAAUUAUAUAAAGAAGUUUUUCUAUUUCCUUGCUAACUGAGAGGUCAUAAAUGUUUUGGCCAGAAAGUAUGCUUAAGAAUAGGACACUAUUGAUAUAUAGGUGCUUGAAGUCUUCGCUGUAAAAAGAGGAACAUGGUCUUAAAAUAUUUACAAUUGUUAAAGUAAGAUGAUGCAACCUUGCUCAGUACCACUAAUUUCCUGAAUUAUUCAUAAUGUGAGAAAAAUACUGUAAACUUCAUUUUCCUGAAUAUAGUCAGGGUCUUGCACUUUACAGGGUUUUUUCCCCCAAGUGCUAUCUCAGUCAGGGAUAUGCUCUUGUUUUGUAUGGCCAAAGAUGUUUUUAAAUCUUAGGCAAUAUUAAGGAAAUGUUUCUAUCCCAAGACUCAAGGACCAUAGUCGGACUCGUGAUAUGAACCAAAUGCUUUAAUGGCAUAACAGCAUAACCUCUUAGGAAGCAGACACUGCACUGCCUAGAGUAAUUUGUCUUUGUACUAACUGAAAAUUAAGCAUUCUGAUUAAGCUCUACUAUGAUCCUGGGGCACCCCAACUAGUGAGAAGUGGACACUGAAUGCAGCGGAACAGAGCCUGUGACACAACUAGUGGGUAGCCUGAGAAAAGUAGAGCAAUUUCAGCCUCUGUGCCUAACAGCAGCCUGCUGGACCCCAUAGGCAGAACUCCCUUGCUGCACCCCAAAAGCAGAGAUGUAGUAGAGCUUGGAGGGGCUGCCACAAAUCCUUCCCAACGGUUCUGAAGUGAUCUCCCUACCUUUACUUCCUGAUAACCACGAUUCCCAGUCUGCCUUUCAUUGCAAGCAGCAACCAAUCAUUAUUCUAAUCCUGGAAGACAAAAUAAGCAGCCAGUUAGUAUAUGCUUGAUUUCUGGAGGAUGAAGAAGCAAGCUAAAAAAAAAAUUUGGGAUAGCCUAAGGCUUUAAUGACUAAGGACCAAAUGUAAUCUCUGUGCCUUUCUGCAUUUGAUUCUAUGAAAUCAGUGGCUUAAAAUAAGUAAAGCCCCUGAAACUGUAGCAGGGAGAGAGGCAGAAUGAGUAAUUUCUUGUCUUGGCGCAUUUUAGCAUAUCAGGAACAUCCUGGGCAGCAGAAUGGUUUCCGUCUGCUAAAAUACAAGAAAAAAUUCCAGAAUGUCUCUUAUUCUGUAGCAAUGGAGAUUUUAUACAGGGAAGUUUGCAGAUACAGUGAUGGCUGAUCUGAGCCACUAACACACUGAAUACCAAAGACGGAACGUUAACACAGUGGGAGACUACACCUUAAACAAUUUUUGUGCAAAUAUCUAUAGUCUGUAGGAUGGUAUGGUGGGGUGGGUGGGGGGACAUUACACACAGUAUCAGCAGGGUGCAGACAGUGCUGGACUUUCUCUUGUCCUUUAUACAUUUUCCACAUUAAUUUCACUCUGGACUUCAGUGAAGUUCCAACCAAUUUAUACUGACCAAAAUGAAUUCAAUCAUCUAGGCUGUGCUUUGUCUUUUCAUUCUCAAGGGUCACUGAGAUUUCUACAAGAUUUGUACUGAAGUAAAAUUAACAUGAGAAGCAGCCUUGACGCUAGCUUGCAGAAGCCUCCCUGGGGAUUCCUUUCUUCCAUUUGAAAGGUGGCUCCAACACAACUAGUUCAUGUUACCAGCACAAUAAGGUUAUUUAGGACUAGAAAGUGAAUAUUAUGAAAUAAGGGAUACUUAAUAAGUGAUCUUAUCUGAUAUUUUUAAACCCCAAAAGAUGCACUAAUCAGACUGUUGCCCUUCAUGUCGUGUCUUUCCCACUGCCCCAAAAUGCUACACUUAAUCUAUUGUCAGCUUAUGCGACGGAUGACUUCCAUACUGAACUGCAUACCAUUUUUCAAUAAGUCCCAAACCCCCAAACACAGUCCACAUAAUACCUUUUAUUAAGACCAACCAAAUUACACACAACACUGUCCUUUGGUUGGUCCUGAUAAAAACUAUAUGGGUUGUGGUUUGGGCUUUUGGAUUUUUUUUUGCCGCAGGACAGCCGACACCUUCUUUCAAUAAAUCAAGCCACCCAAGCACUGAAAUGGCUGUCCACUCACCUUCUAUAAUGGUGUUUUUUUCCAACUAAACAGCAGUUUUUUUCCUUUGGGCAAUUUUAUUGUAAAAUAGGCUUAAGUAAGAUUUCAGAAUUCCGCUUGACCAAUAAGAAGAGAGCAACAGCUGAGGACAGUUCCACACUUUACACAGCUAACAUGAUUGCUCCAUAAACACUGGCAUCUCCUGAAGCAAAUGCAUACAGGAGCAAAUACAGGCAUCACUAAAACACCUGAGUACAUUUGGCACGUUUGCUGUGUGAUACUCCAAUGUAAACAGAACAGUCAUUAUUUGUGCCAUGAAGUUUAGACAUGUUGUUUAACUAUUUAAGCCUGGAGAGAAGUAUGUAAGGAGACCUAAGGAAGUGACCUAGGAGGACACUGCUAUGCAUUAAUGUGGAUGUCAUGUAAGAAGUCAGUACUAGCACCUGCAAGGCUAAAGCUCCCCUCUCUUAGGGAUGAUACAGACUAAAUAAGGCCAUGAAUGCUAGCUGUACGUGAAACACAAAUGCUACCCCUCCUAAGCAUGAGUUUACUUCUGGGAGAUAGAAUAAAGUAAAUAUUUGGCAAUUAUAUUUUAUAUGCUUUAGACAGCUUUUAAAAUUAAAGUCUUUGGGGAAAUGUUUUUUAUAUAUCGCAGACCAGAAAAUGUCAGAAGAUAAGCAACAUUUGCAUACAAUACUGUGACGGAUUAUUUGAGGCUAUCUUUUAGGGACAGCAUAGUAGCUGGUAUAAUGGACUGAGCAAGGUAUCAACAGCCCGAAACAUCAGUUUGGCCACCCAUGGAUGUCCUCCAAAACUGAGAAGUCCUUUAAUUUCCUUAAUUCAUCCUUUACAUUUGUAAACAUUGGAAUAUCCAAGUUAUUUGCUUAACCUACCUCACAGGGCUGUUGUGAGGAUCAGUGAUAUUUGUACAAUGCUUUAGAAAAAAAUUAAAAGAUUACAUAAG